GUGUGGGCAGAGGAGAAUUGUCCCAAGCAGCGACUGCCAUGCACAGCAAAAUCGACGUCUAAAACUUCAUCAAAUAUCAGAUGGACGGAUCCUUCAGAGCCGCGAAGGAUGGUGGAAAACUCGCUGCCAUAGAAGGCCAUAGAAAGCAUCAUCCAAAACGAGCUUUAAAAGGGAACGAGCUAGAUGCUUAACCAACGUAAGCACUUUUUACUUGUACACGUCGUUCCUUUUGCAUCAUCGGCUCUGACCGAGGACUGCAUAAAGGGGCUGGAAAGGUUCUGGGAGCGAGAAUGGAGCGGGCGCCAAGCACAAGCCCCAGCGGCGUAAGUCAGCCCCCACAACCUGCUCAGCAUGAACCUAUUAGUUUCGGCAUUGACCAGAUUCUCAGUGGUACCGACCAGGAAGGAUCACAGAACACAACCCGGAGUGGUUCGGUAACUGGCAACUCCACAAGUGGAGGAGGUUACCACCUCAAUAGUCCAACUGGAGCCAGUGCAGCGCCCUUCACUUCGCUUUCCGGUUCUUUUCAUGGCCUUGCGUCAUCAUACGAGGAAUCAAGUGCAUACGGAGUGAACUUGACUUUCACCCCAGGAGGGGUGAUACGCGUCCCGGCGCACAGGCCGCUGGCCGCCGCAGUGCCUCCUUCUAUAGCCAGCGCGGUACCAGGGCUAGGGAGCAUCAGCUUCCCCUGGAUGGAGAGCAACCAAAGAUUCGCAAAGGAAAGAUUCGCAGCUGCACUGACGCCAUUCACAGUGGCCCGGCGAAUUGGUCACCCCUACCAGAACCGCACCCCUCCGAAGAGGAAGAAGCCACGGACAUCCUUCUCCCGGGUGCAGAUCUGUGAGUUGGAGAAACGCUUCCACAGACAGAAGUACCUAGCCAGCGCUGAGCGGGCUGCUCUCGCCAAGACCCUCAAGAUGACCGACGCACAGGUCAAGACCUGGUUCCAGAACCGCAGGACCAAGUGGAGGCGACAGACGGCCGAGGAGAGGGAAGCGGAGCGUCAGCAGGCCAAUCGGCUGAUUAUCCAGCUGCAGCAUGAUGCCUUUCAGAAGUCCCUGAGUGACUCAGUUCCAUCCGAUCCACUCUGCAUCCACAACUCCUCCCUGUUCGCACUGCAGAACCUGCAGCCGUGGGCUUCUGAGGAAGCAGCAAAGAUGGGCCGUGUCACCGCUCUAGUUUGACAGGAACAGGGUGGGGCCCUCUGGACAUUACACACUCUGACUUGCCCAAAAGCUUACUGACUGAUAUCUAAGAAACUGCACCAAGGUGACUGACCGGUGAGCAAAGUGAACUGAGUAAUUUAUUAUUGUCCUUCCAGAACAUAGCCAAAGUGAGUCUGAAGAUGAAACAAAAACUCUGUAGUUUCCUACCCUGAUAUGAUCUGGCCAUGCAGAACGUACGCUGCAUGGGCCCUUGUGUCAGAUAAGUCAUGGGUGGUAGCUUAUGACCUGUGGCGAUGAAUGUGACACGCAUCACUGAGCCAGCCCCAUAAUUCCAAAUGGACAUAUUGACUGACUGACGCAGCACAGAUUGGAACAUUUCUUCCUCCCACGUCCCAUCUGUUCAUUCACCACUAGUUACACUACCAGCUCUGUGCCCUUACAUCAAAGCUGACCAGUCUGCAAAGGAGAGAAUUGAUGGGAAAUGGAGAGAGAGAGUGAGAAUACACUAAUAUUUUGAGAAUAUAUAAACCUUUGUUGUUGCAUGGAAUCAAUCUAAUCAUCCUCUCCUUCUCCAUCUUGAAAUAAAUCUAAUUGUUUCCUCUCUGGACUGCUAGUAAGAAGGAUUUUUGUAUUGGCGGAAAUAGGCAACACUGAUCCUAGAAAGCCACUGAAUGUGGGUACACGUACAGGCUUCAAUUCCAAUCUAUUAUCACUCUAAAGCUCAAUUAGGGGUCAUACAGUGAUUCCAUUUAAAUAAGAAGGGAAACUAUAAAACCAGAUAUCUACAAGUGAGAUUUUGUAGGAUCGACUGCUUGUCUGGACAUCCAAAACUAGAUAACCCCUACCUUCUGAAACAGGAUCCACCCGGAACACUAGCAAUACAUAUAUAGAUAAAUAUAUAUAUUUAAUUGAAUGGUUAAUACACAGCUCAAGGGCUAUUUUAGAAGAAUAACAUUUGCCAGUGGGGCAAGAAGCAAUCCAGUAAGAGGAAGCUGUUUAAUUCAUGUCAGGCUGUACCCAUUCACUGGGACGGGCAUGAGGGUGGCAUACUAGACCUGAGUCCUAUGAGACAUCUGAGAAUGUUUGAGGUAGUGCAAUAGAUGGAUGAUAACAGGAUGCCUCCCUAUGUAUUAUACAUUGUAUUUGAUAAAUAUGUAAAUAACUAACCAAAACCUAAUGACAAAAAAGUAUUAUCUUGUUUUUGCUUUGAAUCACUCUCUUUAUUUUCCUGUGUCGUUCUAUUGGUCUCCAUAGCUACUGUGUUGUUUACAUAUACAAUGUAAUAUCUGCACACCAUGGUCAUUACACACAACUACAAUGCAAACUGAACUGCACCAUAAAGAUCCAUAUCACUAACGCUCUCCUGGACACAACACAUUGACCAGGGCAGAUUUUGCCUAUUCGACAGAUCUAAGGCACUUACAGGGGGUGAGGAGAUCCACAGAGACCAUAAAAAGACUCUCCCCAUCUAAGCCCCUCUCCCUGAGUGCUGCUGACUCACAUUCAGCUGACCUGAGGGGGAUGGAUAGGUCUGAGUGUUGUGUCCAUUAUGAAUGUGAUCCAAACAAAAUUAUAACAUACAGUACCAGUCAAAGGUUUGGGCACACCUAUUCAAUCCAGGGUUUUUCUUUAUUUUUACUAUUUUCUACAUUGAAGAAUAAUAGCGAAGACAUCAAACCUAUGAAAUAACACAUAUGGAAUCAUGUAGUUACCAAAAAAGUCUAAAUAUAUUUUAUAGUAGACACCCUUUGCCUUGAUGACAGCUUUGCACACUCUGACAGCUUUGACAUUCUCUCAACCAUUCUCUUUGGGCUCCCAAUUGGCACAGUGGUCUAAGGCACUGCAUCUCAGUGCAAGAGGGGUCACUACAGUACCUUCAAAUCUAGGCAGCAUCACAUCCUGCCAUGAUUGGGAGUCCCAUAGGGCGGUGCACAAUUAGCCCAGCGUUGCCGGGGUAGGCUGUCCUUGUAAAUAAGAAUUUGUUCUUAACUGACUUGCCUAGUUAAAUAAAGAUGAAAGGUAGUCACCUGGAACACAUUUCAAAUAACAGGUGUGCCUUCAUAAUUUAUGGAAUUUCUUUCCUUCUUAAUGUGUUUGAGCCAAUCAGUUGUGUUGUGAUAAGGUAGGGGUGAUAGCCCUAUUUGGUAAAAGACCACAUCCAUAUUAUGGCAAGAACAGCUCAAAUAAGAAGAGAAUUUCAAGAACUUUGAAUGUUUCAUCAAGUGCUUUUGCAAAAAACAUCAAGUGUUAUGAUUUAACAGGCUCUCAGGAGGACCGCGACAGGAAAGGAAGACCCAGAGUUACAGUUGAAGUCAGAAGUUUACAUACACCUCAGCCAAAUACAUUUAAACUCGGUUUUUCACAAUUCCUGACAUUUAAUCCUAGUAAAAAUUAGGUCUUAGGUCUUUUUUUUUUUUUUUUCUUUCGGGGGGGUGGAUCAGCUUAAUAUUGCGGAAAGAAUGUUGCUUCCAAUGUAAUUGUCUGCAUCAUUUCCAAUCCCCCAUAUUUUUUGGGGUAAAUAUAUAUAUCCAUUCACGUAUGCAUACAUAUACACAUAUAUACAUACACAUACCUACAUAGACAUACAUACUUUUUUAAAGAGUAUACCUUUAUUAUUAUUCCCUGCAAACCCUACCACCGAUCCCCCAAUUGGAGUAAACUGAUAAACAUUUAUGUUUUUACCUUCAAUUUAUACAUCUUAUAAACAUUUUACAGACACAGUCUACUUUAUAAUAGUUCUCUCUUGUUUGUUCUUAGUCCUUCCUCUAUUUCUGUUGUCCAUCCAGUUUGAUUUCCACUUGUAACUGUGCUAUUUCACAAUAGCUCCGCACCUAUACACAUUUCACAGAUCCCGUAUGCCCUACAUUGUUUAUCUUGUUAUUAGUCCCACCCUUCAGCUCCACUCAACCUUUCCCAUCAAUCUUCCAACAUCAUCCAUUUCGGAUUUUUAUUUGCCAUAUAUUUUUCAACUGUGCUGUGAUGCUUCACAAAAGAUUUGAAUCUUCGUAUUCUCAUAGCUUCCACGGAUUGUAAAUUAAAAAUAAACAUUUUUGCUAAAAUAA